GACACUGUGUACCAAAGAAAUGGUGAUGGAGAAGCCAAGUCCCCUGCUCGUAGGGCGGGAGUUUGUGAGACAGUACUACACUCUGCUAAAUAAAGCUCCUGACUUCUUGCACAGGUUUUAUGGCAGGAAUUCGUCUUAUGUCCAUGGAGGCCUGGAUGCCAGUGGGAAACCACAGGAAGCAGUGUAUGGUCAAGCUGAGAUACACAAGAAGGUGAUGUCAUUAAAGUUCAGCGAGUGCCACACCAAGAUUCGUCACGUGGAUGCUCACGCUACCCUGAGUGACGGGGUGGUGGUGCAAGUCAUGGGAGAGCUGUCGAACAACGGGCAGCCGAUGAGGAAAUUCAUGCAGACUUUUGUGCUUGCUCCAGAAGGUUCUGUCCCAAACAAGUUCUACGUCCAUAAUGAUAUCUUCAGAUACGAAGAUGAAGUAUUUGGGGAUUCGGAAGGAGAACUUGAUGAAGAGUCUGAGGAAGAGGUGGAAGAGGAGCAGGAGGAAAGACAACCAACACCUGAACCCGUGCAAGAGACUGCAAGCGGUGCUUACUAUGAAACCCAUCCUGUAACCAAUGGGAUAGAGGAGACACUAGAAGAUUCGUCUCAUGAACCUGAGCCGGAAUUGGAAUCUGAAACGAAAACCGAGGAGCUGAAAACUGGAGUAGAAGAGAAGACCCUUGAGGAGCUAGAAGAGAAGUCUCCAUCUCCACCUCCUGUAGAACCUGUGUCAUUACCACAAGAACCACCAAAGGCUUUCUCUUGGGCUUCAGUGACCAGUAAAAACCUGCCUCCUAGUGGUACUGUUUCUUCCUCUGGAAUUCCACCCCAUGUUAAAGCACCAGUCUCACAGCCAAGAGUCGAAACUAAACCUGAAGCUCAGUCUCAACCUCCUCGUGUACGUGAACAGCGUCCCAGGGAAAGACCGGGUUUUCCACCCCGAGGACCUCGGCCAGGGAGAGGCGACAUGGAACAGAACGAGUCAGACAAUCGUCGAAUAAUUCGCUAUCCCGACAGCCACCAGCUCUUUGUGGGGAACCUGCCGCAUGAUAUCGAUGAGAGUGAGCUGAAAGAGUUCUUCAUGAGCUUUGGAAAUGUGGUAGAACUUCGCAUAAAUACUAAAGGAGUGGGAGGAAAACUACCUAAUUUUGGUUUUGUGGUGUUUGACGAUUCUGAGCCGGUCCAGCGAAUUUUAGUUGCUAAGCCCAUUAUGUUCCGGGGCGAGGUGCGCUUGAACGUGGAAGAGAAAAAAACAAGAGCUGCCCGUGAGAGAGAGACCCGAGGCGGAGGUGAUGACCGUAGGGAUAUUCGUCGCAAUGAUAGAGGCCCCGGGGGUCCCCGCGGAAUAGUGGGCGGCGGUGGCAUGAUGCGGGACCGCGACGGAAGAGGACCCCCUCCGCGAGGCGGCAUGGCACAGAAACUGGGCUCUGGACGAGGCACCGGGCAGAUGGAAGGCCGUUUCACUGGACAGCGUCGCUGAACCCUCCACUGUGGGCAGACAGUCUUGGCAGUGGUACAUUAUCCAUCGUGUUUGCAUUCUUGUUAAUUUUUUUUGGCUUUGGAAUGUGACACAGCCCUUCUGAUCAUUUCUUUGAUGUGAAAGCAUCCUUUGGUUUCCAGUUUAAAUUGAGGUGGACGUUCUUUCCCCAGUUUCACAACAGGAGUCACACUGUUAAUUUAUAAAUGUAGACUCAGAGAGUUGAGGACUGAAAAAAGAAAAAGAAAAAAAAAAGAGACCAGUUCAAUAUCUGCGACAAAAGCGAACUAAAGGACACGCCCAAUAGCAUUCAGGUCCUUUCGGUCAAAAA